CUACAAUGAACAGCAGCAUUAUACCAAAGUUGAAAAAUAAUAGCAUACAAUAUCCUUGCUACAUUAACUUUAAUAUAUAUUUAUAUUUUUUUUUUUAAAAAAAAAAUUAAAAAAUAAAAAUAAAUAAAAAGAAAUAGAUAUAUUAUAAUCUAGAAUAUUUGUCUUUACAAAUGCCAACAUCACAAUCAGAGAUCCCUCCUUGUCAAAAAUUUGCUUGUGCCAUUCAAGACUGUUUGACAAAAAACAACUAUCAAGAAUCAAAGUGUACAAAGGAAUUAGACAAUUUAAAAAAAUGCUGUAAAGAUUUAAUUGCUAAUGGUGGCAAAAGUGUAUGUUGUCCCGAAAGAAAAUAUAAUAAACAAUAAAUAAAUAUGACAUAAGAAAUGGUUCAUCCAUUAUGUUAUGCUCUCAUAAUUCUCU